GCUGGUCUGUUGAUCCGCUCGCCUCAGUCUCCCAAAGUGCUGGGAUAACAGGCGUAAGCCACCGCGCCCAGCCCUACUUACAACUUUUUUAAAAACUGCCAAGCCAAUUUCCAGAAUGGCAGCACCACUUUGCCUUACCACUGGCGAUGUCCCAAGCUGCUCCGCGGCCUCAGUGAUACUUGGCACUUGUUAGUAGUUUUUACCUGAGCCACCUGGCAAGUGUGCAGUGGCACCCACCGCGAUGCUGGCCAGCCCUUCCUUGACAGCCAUCCCUUUUCGAGCCUAUUGCCAUCCGUGCCCUCUUCGGUCAAAUGUCUGUUGCGGCUCUUGCCAAUUUUCUAACUGGAAUGUUUGUUUUCUUACGGUGGAGUUUAGAGAUUUUUAUAUAUUAUCGGCCUGGGGGCUCCUCCUCCACCCACACAACCCUGAACGUCCGCUCUGGCACCAGGCAGCUGCUGCCCAUCUGGCUCCCCGCCCUCUGUUCCGCGCGCCCCUCCAGCUGGGGGGUCUCCUCGCCUCGGCUCUCUGCACCCCUGCUCAGAAGGGUCAAAGAACCCUCCCCCGGCCGUUUGUUUAUCCCAGAGAGGGACGGUUUUAUCUUUUCGGGUCGUAAACACAGAACUGAGGGAGAAACUGGCUGAACAAGAGGAAAAUGAGGAAGGAGUCCAUGAAGGGGCUUUGGGGAACCUGUAUUGACGUCCUCGGGCUCCGGGGAGGCCCCUGGAAAUCAGGCAGAAUGAGGGCGCUGGGACCCCCCCGCCCCCGAGGGGAGCGAGAGGUCGCGCGUCUUGCAGCGGUUCCCGGCGGCCAUCGCUGCGCACACAUCCCGAGGAGGGAACCCAAGAGCGCGGCGGGGUGGACUCGCAAGCUGGACGUGGAAGCGACCCCGGGGCCUGGAGUGCACGGAGGCGGAGGGGAGCGUGGGAACGGCGCCGUCAGCUCCCGAAGCCCGGCCGUGGGCGCGCGGGCGAAGGCCUGGCCCCCGUCGGGAAGGAGGCUCCGAGGCGCCGGCUUCUGCGCCCUACGCGGCGCCGCUCCCAGCGCCCGGGCACUCUGCAGGCGCGGGCGGGAUCCGGGCCAGCGUGAACGCGAAAGCCACGCGCGGGCGCAGCCCACGAGGGGAGGAGCGGGGCGGGGAAAGGCCUCCUCUUGCAUCUCGGCCCCGCCCCCACUUGGCCACCGAGGCGUGCAGUCUUCCCGAGGCCCAGAGCGUCCCGGAAGUGCGCGCUGGCUGGGCGGAGUGGGGCGGGGCUGGGCACUUCCGUCCGGCGCGCGGCGGCCUCCUCCCGCUCGGAAGGUCCCAGGUGUGACACCUUCAGCAGGUCUCAGGGAAGAUGGCAGCCCUAGGGGACGUUCAGAAGUCCCCUUCUGUCCCGUCCCCUGUCAGUCUCUCAUCACCGGGGACACCUGGAGCCCAGCACCACGAGCCUCAGCUUCACCUCCAUGGGCAUCAACAUGGUACUCACCCAGCCCGCUGUGCACCCUCCACCCAGCAUCCCCUGCCCUUACGUCCCCUGCCCCAUCUCCUCCUGACCUGCCACCCUGGCUGACUGAAGCACCUCCAGACACCUGUAUGCAGCUCCUUCAGCAGCUGGGGUUCCCGCACCCUCAGGCCAGGGGCUGGGCACGGGUUGGGUUGGGAGAGCAGUGGCUGAAGCUGGGGCCAAGCCUGAGCUCUGGCUCCCUAGGGAUGGUUCCCCGCAUUGUUUCUUUCCUGAGUUGCGGUAUAGGAGGGAAAGUGGCCUCAAAAUCUGUGUCCGCCGUGACCAGGAGCAAGGCAUGGCCCCUCUGAGUGUUGUCAUUCAGGAAGUGCAGCAGCCAGAGUCCUUGCCAAGCUGGUUUGGGUGUGGUUCCCCAGACCCGCAGGGACAGAGGGCCGGCGUCACUCCACCCCUGAUGGUAUGGCCUCAUGGUCACAUGGCAAGCCCUGGGAGUUGAGGUGUGGGGGAGUCCCAGCCCCGUGGUGCCCCAGGCUCUGCUCCCUCUCAGAGGUCAGGGAUCCUGAGGCUCCAUCUCUGCUGGGUGUUCCACAGGAGGCCUGGCCUCACGGCCCUCGUGGCCCAAUCCAGCACAUGAGCUGCUGACAGCAGGGGCAAGGCCCCACAUAGAUCAAGCCUGGAGAGCCUGUGUCUGGCCCAGGAAUGGGGCGACCUGGCACAGGGUUCUCCCUCUUGGGGAGUCAGCAUCCUGGUGGCUGAAGGGACCGCUGAGGCUUGUGGAGAGCAGCUGCACUGCAUGGGGCCCUCAGGUGGGCACUCAGAUGAGGACAGAGAGGCCAGGGGCUUCCCCAACGAGCCAGGACCAGGGUGGGUUAGAGGAGCAGGGAGCCAGGCGGCUUGGCAUCCACUCCCCGAGGAGCAGGAGCCUGCAGCCCUGCCAUCUCCACUGCUGUGUCCCAAGCAACUCCCCAGGGACUGUGAGGAGCUGGGAAGGGGCGCCCGUGGGCUGCCUGGGCUGCCUGUCCUGGUGGACCUGGCCAGGGGCUACCUAGAAGGAUCCCGAGCCCCUGCAGCACACACUGUGGCUGGGCCUCCAGCCGAUGCCCCUGAGGGCCAUGCUCCUCACCCCUUAUUGAGUCAAAAUCUCAGGGCCCACCCUUGCCCUCUCAUGUCACCUGUACAAUGGCUGAGGGAAGUCCUCUUGUCCUGUUACCAGUGGGGACACAGAAGCCCAGAGACAAGGCCAGGAGGCCAGCAGACUCAGGGCACGCCCUGGCACUCCCCCCUCCCGCCCCCCGCCCUGGGCCUGGUGAGGUGUGAUUUCUCCAGGGGGAUAGUCUUCUUGGGGAGGGCACAGCCCAGCAGAUCAUCUUAGCACAGGACACAGGCUGAGGGGGCUGCACGCCAGGUUCUGCAGGAUAAGAAGCUGAUGCCCAGGCAGAGGGUGGGCCUGGGGAGCAUGGAGGGGCCUCGGGCCGGGCCCCCUGAGCCUGCAGGGUUGCACUACCCCCAGCCCUGUCUCCACCAGCCAUGGGCAGUCAGGCCCAGAAAACCAGGCAUGAGUCCCCAGCCCCACAGGCCUGGAAGCCUCCUGGGCACUGAAGCCAUGUCCGAGUGCCCUGAAAUCCCCAGAGGUUUUGCCCCAUGGGAGGGAGUGGGGGCUGCACCAGCAGCUUCUGCCCUCUCCCUGCUGUACCAGAAACAGCAUCCAGGGAGGACAGACAAACUCGGCCCUGAGAACGGCAGGUGUGGCUGCUUCCCCCCAGCAAGAGACUGCGGAGGCACAGUGGGGCCUGGGGCCAGGUAGCCAGAGCCAGAUAAGGGGGUGGCCUUCAUCCCCUCCUCAUGCUGAUAGGCCCAGUGUAGAGCGAACGGGGCCAGGCCGCAGCAACGGGCGGCCUCUGUCACAACUUCCAAGCACUGGGUGAAGGCAGGGGCUGCUUCCGGGCAUUUCCAGCUUCCUCUGCUCCUUGGGAAUGCCCUGGGGCCACAGAUUCCUGAGCAGAGGAGGCCUCGGGGUUUCUGGAAAUUGUCCAGGGCUGUCCUGCCAGUUAGGGGCCAAGCCAGGACUCGGAGCUGCAGCCUCCCAACUCCCAGACUGCAGUGGGCCAGACCAAGGUUCCUGGGGCCCACCCCAGGCACACGUCACCUCCGGAGCCUCUGGUGGGUGCCUGGCUGGGCAUGCUGAGCCCUGGGCUGUGAGGUGUCAGGGAGCAGAGGAGAUCCCGAGGAGGAGCUGUUUAUCAGUGGGGAGGGUAGUGAGGGGCAUGGGGAGCGGCCGGGGAAGGUUCUCUGCAGUGGUUCCUGCAGACAUGAAGCUGGGGUCCCACAGCAAAGGGCUUGGGGCCAUGGCCUAGCCCAAGCCUUGUGGAGCAGGGAGACCAGGCAGGUGGGAACAGGACACAGUUCCUCAUUUCCCAGGACCUCUGUGGUCCCCACGGACACACAGAUCAGGGGCUGGGCUGGGCUUGGGGGACUGAGGGUCCCCACACAGCUCCUGAGGGAUUGUGUUGUGCCCCAAGGCCACGCCCACCAGAGCCAGCACCGCCUGCACCGGUUCUGGAAGGUUUGCCCAGGGGUCCUGCAGGUGGAGGGGAAGUCUGUGGGCAGGAGGAAGUGAGGGAGGGGAGGCCCGGGACCCUCGGGGGCUUGCAGUCCUGUGGGGGUUACUGAGUGCCCAGGCUGGUGGGGAGGACCCCAUGGGUAGGGCAACGGCACCCCGCGACAGGCACAGCAUCUUUCCACAUGGAGUGCCUGGCCCUGGCACCUGAGAUCUGGACUCUAGGUGCCCACUGACCACCCCCCAGCGCCUAACUCACCUGGUCCGGGCCCAGGCACACAGCACUUGCUGUGCCAUUUUAUACACAAAGAAAGGCCCCUCCGGCCAGGAAAGCACCCACCUCCCGCCCGUCCCAGCCGCGCACGGCCACCUCCCGCCCGUCCCAGCCACGCACGGCCACCUCGCCUCCACCUGGAAGACCAGCCCCAGCAGGUGGCAGCCCUGGUGUUUCUGCACUUCGGGACACACUGUCCUGUCCCAGCACAGCAGUGGAGGGGCACUGGCUGGGCGAGGGGUCAGGGAAACUGAGGCAGGGGUACUUCUGCACAGAGCCAGUGGGGUGGGGAGCAGGGUCUGGGUGUCCACCCUGCAGAGACCUGGCACAGCCCGGGCACAGCCAGCAGGUGGCAGGUGACUGAGCUUUGCAGAAAUGGCCCGAAUGUGGGCAAGUGUCAGGAGCCAGGGUUAGGCAGUGGAGUGACAGUGACCCAUACUGUGUGCGGCCCACACCUGACCCUAGGCCACCCCAUCCUCCUCUAGAGAAGGUCCUAGGAAGUGCUUUGCUACAUGAAUGGGGCGGGUUCCCAGGGAGCUGGGGCCAUCCUGAGUCCGCUUGUUCCGCAGCAGGGUGGAGACAGUGCACACCACCUGGCAUCAUUUGACUCUGAGGGUGUCUCUGGGCACCCGUACAGCUGGCAGCAGCUUUGGCGUGCUUCCUAUCUUGGUAAUGUCACUGGUCCUCUUAAAGUGACAGCCCGGGGAACAUCCCGCCUGUCAGUGCUGGGGCAUGGCCCCAGGAACAAAGCUGGAAUCGGGGUCACUUUCUUUCUCAAAGUGCUGCCAGGUCCCCUCCAGUGGCAUCCCAGUGCAGGGCAAAGGUGGCAAGGCUGUCUCAAGAGAGGUGAUGCCCUCACCGCCCCCUCCGCCGGAGCACGGCGCUGGAGCCUGCCCUGCAUUUGGCCAUCUGUAGAACAAGCCAGCUGCCCUGGCUGCCAGGGGAUGGUGACAUGGUGGCCACGAGCUGGCGGUGAGGGUCACAGCCCAGAGAGGCCAGUGCCCCCAGGCCUGUCCCCACGUUGGGGAGCGUAUCUGAAAGGCCUAGAGGUGGUUUGGGACCCCCCCACAUCCUGCUUUGGGGCAGCCAAGCAGCUGGACCCUCGGCUCCCGAGGAAGGGACGUCGCACAGCCGCCCCCACCUGCUGAACUUCCCAGCCCUUCAUGUCAGGUCUGCCCUCACUCCUCAGCCUGGGCCCGGAAGGUCUCCCAGGGGCCGACCUGAGGGCGGGUGGGCGUGUCGGGUGAUUGAGUGGCUGGCCAGGCUGGGGAGGUCCGCCCUCCGUGGUGGGCCAAGCUGGUCACCCCACUGCAGCCGGGGCAGGCCUGCCUGAGGCUGGAAAGUCCCAUGAAAGGCUCACAGCCAGGCACUGUGUUACGGACAUGGUGUGGGCAGGAGCCUCUGCCCACCCCAGCCCUGCGUCUUUCUGUGCCCAUCGCUGCAUUGUCAUCGCUGGGGGCACCCAGACUCGGCCUCGUGGGGCAAAGAGACACCCCUGUCCUUGAGUACAGCUCCCAGCCACCCUACCUGCUAUGGGCAGAGGGCAGGUGAGACCCCCAAAGGGGCCUGGUGCCCCUGCCAGUGUGAGGAGAGCUGACUACUGGCCUUGGGCAGCAGAGCCCGCGCCCCUCCCUCUUGCAUCUGCUCCUUGAGUGUUAAGGCCAUCCCCCCACCCUGCCCCCACCAAGUCUUGGGUAGAAGGAGGGGGUCUUGGUCCUGGGUGCCCAAGCCUGGUGUGCCCAGGGGCAAGGGGCUCAUGGAUGGGCCCAGCCCAUUCCUCAGUCUCUGCCUGAGGAAGCAGGGGGCCAGUACACUGAGCCUGCUGGGAACAGCUACUUCUGCUGUUUCUGGGUGCUCAUCAGGGACAGUGGAGAGCCCUGGAGGGACAGAAAGGCCCGGGGCUGAGGGAGGGAGGCUUUGUGAGGUGCCUGUGUGGGAGCCUGCGGGGCCAGCACUUUGAGAGGCCACUCCAGAGCAGCACUGCAGGACAGCGGGGCAGGGAGGAGGGCUGGCCACAGCCAGCCAAGGUGACAAAGCCACCUUCAGCAGCAGGAGGGCCACUUCGAAGCUACCCCAGGUUUGGGCUGUGCUUACUGGGCUGAAGGGGAUGAGCUCCCAAUGCUGGCCCCUGGAGGAGGAGGCUCUUGAACCCAGUGGGAAGGAAGGUAAAGGGCGUUCGUGGCUAGAGAAGCCCGAGCAGCAGGCCUGCUACUGGGAUUGGGAGGGCCAGGAGCACGUGGCAGUCAGAAAGGAGCAGGGGCAGCGGUCCGGAGGGUGGAGGUGAGCCCCAGCCUCCCUGCC